AUGUCACUCAAACAAAUCGUUGGGCACAAACUGCUCAACGAUGUAAUCCGUCCGCUGAAAAAGGGCGAUAGCCGAAGUGCUUGGAAUGUCCUGAUCGUUGAUACUCUUGCCAUGCGGAUGUUAUCUUCUUGUUGUAAAAUGCACAACAUUAUGGAAGAAGGAAUUACGAUUGUGGAAGAUUUAAAUAAAAGAAGAGAGCCUCUGCCGACACUUGAAGCCAUUUAUCUGAUUGCACCCACUGCCGAAUCUAUAGACAAACUGAUUCAAGACUACAUCGUGCGGAACCAGUACAAAUGUGCUCAUGUCUUCUUCACAGAAGCGUGUUCUGAUCAAUUAUUCUCAACAUUGUCAAAGAGUGCAGCUGCAAGGUUUAUCAAGACGUUGAAAGAGAUUAACAUAGCAUUCACGCCAUAUGAAAGCCAGGUGUUCAAUUUGGAUUCUCCUGAUACAUUUUUCCUCUACUACAAUGCUCAAAAGCAGGGAGGAUUAACUUCGAAUUUGGAGCGGAUAGCCGAACAAAUCGCAACUGUUUGUGCCACUCUUGGAGAGUACCCAUCUUUGAGAUACCGUGCUGAUUUCGAGAGAAAUGUUGAGCUCGGACACCUCGUUGAGCAAAAACUCGACGCCUACAAGGCUGACGAUCCAUCGAUGGGAGAAGGAGCUGAUAAGGCACGCAGUCAACUCAUCAUCAUCGACAGAGGAUACGAUGCCAUCACUCCACUCCUCCAUGAGCUGACACUCCAAGCCAUGUGCUACGACUUGCUUGGAAUCGAGAAUGACGUCUACAAAUACGAAACCGGAGGAAGUGAAAACCUAGAGAAAGAGGUGUUGCUCGAUGAAAACGACGACUUGUGGGUUGAAAUGAGGCACAAGCAUAUCGCUGUUGUAUCCCAGGAGGUGACAAAGAACUUGAAAAAGUUCAGUGAGAGUAAGGGAAGCAAGGGUAAUAUGGAUGCCAAGUCAAUCAAGGAUUUGUCGAUGCUAAUCAAGAAAAUGCCACAGCACAAGAAGGAAUUGAACAAGUUCAGUACUCACAUCAGUCUUGCUGAGGAAUGCAUGAAGCAAUACCAACAAGGAGUCGAUAAGCUCUGUAAGGUUGAGCAAGAUCUGAGUACCGGAUCAGACGCCGAAGGAGAGCGAGUCAGAGAUGCCAUGAAGCUGAUGGUUCCAUUGUUGAUCGACCCUGCAGUUCGAUGUGAAGACCGUCUCCGUCUGAUUCUCUUGUACAUUAUUUCCAAGAAUGGAAUCACUGACGAGAACUUGAAUAAACUCUUGCAACACGCGAACAUCUCUAUGGCUGACAAGGAGACAAUCACAAAUGCUGCAUACAUGGGAUUGAAUAUUGUUACUGAUACUGGCCGUAAGAAGACCUGGACACCAACGAAAAAAGAGCGACCACAUGAGCAAGUCUACCAAUCUUCGAGAUGGGUUCCAGUCAUCAAGGAUAUCAUCGAAGAUGCAAUUGAUGAGCGUUUGGACACCAAACAUUUCCCAUUCCUUGCUGGAAGACAAGUCAACCAGGGAUACAGAGCACCAGCAUCUGCUCGUUACGGUCAAUGGCACAAGGAAAGAGGACAACAGUCCAACUACCGUAGUGGUCCACGACUAAUUAUCUUCAUCAUUGGAGGUGUGACCUUCUCUGAGAUGCGAGCUGCCUAUGAAGUCACUGCUGCGCGCAAGCCAUGGGAAGUCAUCAUUGGCUCCGACCGCAUAAUCACUCCAGACAAGUUCCUGACCAAUUUGCGUGACCUGAACAAACCUCGUGACAUAUGA